GUGUUGAAACUAUAAAAUCUAUUUUACCUCCCAAUUCAACGGUCUAAAUCUCCCAUCUUAUCCACCAUAACCAAAAACCUCAUCCACACCCUCCUUACCUCCACCUCUCAUUUCCCUCCAUUUCUCCACAUCACACCCACACAAAACCAACCCAAAAUCAACCAUUUCAAUCCUCAAAUCACUUAGAUAAGAUUUCCUACACAAAAUCUUCCUCUUCCUCUUCCUCUCUCUCCCUCUCUUACCUCCAUUCUUAGAGAGAGCUCCAACAAACCCAAACAAAAUCACCCAAAAUGGCCUGCUCACUCUCUUUCAGCUCCUCCGUAAGCACCUUCCAUCUCCCUCAAACCACCCAAGCACCACCCUCAAACACCUCCAUUGCCGCCCCUAACCCAAUCCAAUGCAAUCUCAGAGAGCUCCGAGAUCGUAUUGGAUCCGUCAAAAACACCCAAAAAAUCACCGAAGCUAUGAAGCUCGUCGCUGCUGCAAAAGUGCGACGAGCUCAAGAAGCCGUUGUUAAUGGCAGACCGUUCUCUGAAACCCUCGUUGAGGUCUUAUACAGCAUCAAUGAACAGCUUCAAACCGAAGAUGUCGAUAUCCCACUUACCAAAAACCGACCCGUUAAGAAAGUCGCUCUUGUGGUGGUUACCGGAGAUCGCGGUUUAUGCGGUGGGUUCAACAACACGAUUCUGAAAAAAGCAGAGCAGAGAAUCUCCGAACUCAAAGGUCUAGGGUUACAAUACACCGUCGUAAGCGUCGGUAAAAAGGGUAACACUUAUUUCAUCCGUCGCCCUGCAAUUCCUGUCGAUAGGUACAUCGAGGGAAGCAAUUUACCGACAGCGAAAGAAGCUCAAGCCAUUGCCGACGAUGUAUUUUCUCUGUUCGUCGCCGAAGAAGUGGACAAAGUCGAACUCCUAUACACAAAAUUCGUCUCGUUAGUGAAAUCCGACCCAGUAAUCCACACCCUUCUUCCAUUAUCCCCAAAGGGAGAAAUCUGUGACGUUAAUGGAGUCUGUGUAGAUGCUGCGGAAGACGAGCUAUUCCGUCUUACAACAAAAGAGGGGAAAUUAACGGUUGAAAGAGAUGUAAUGAGAGCAGAAACAAUAUCAUUUUCACCAAUUUUGGAAUUCGAGCAAGACCCAGUACAGAUUUUGGAUGCUUUAUUGCCAUUAUAUCUUAACAGUCAGAUUUUAAGGGCUUUACAAGAAUCACUAGCAAGUGAACUUGCUGCAAGAAUGACAGCCAUGAGUAAUGCUACUGAUAAUGCUCAAGAAUUGAAGAAGACAUUGUCGAUUGUGUAUAAUAGACAGCGUCAAGCUAAGAUUACUGGGGAGAUUUUGGAGAUUGUUGCUGGUGCGAAUGCUUUGGCUUGAUUUUGAAUUGCUUUUAUAUGCUCUGUUUUCUUUCCUUUACCUUAUUUCUCUCUUACUUACUAUUUUUGGAAAGAAAUUGAGAUAUUGUUGGUAUAAAUAUGGAUAUUUAUUGCGUAUUUUGGUAUUGCUGGUUUAAUGAACAUAGAUGUCAUCAAUUGAUGAGGGUUUAGAAUAUUUUAAUUUGUAAUUAAUAAUUUCAUGAAUUUUAUGGAUCAUACAUUGCUAUCUA